AUGUCAUUCAACGGCGGUUCUUCAGAUCAAAGUUCGCCUCACACAUCUGGCUUUGGCCUUACACCAAGCUAUUCUGCAUUAACACCGGGUCAAUUUGGCUUCGAGUCGCUGAACGACAACCUAAUGAAUGCAGCUUCAAACGAGCCGGAAGGCGUCGUAAACGAGUUUCAGUUCAAUACGAUUCCUUUCGAGGACGAGAGCAAAGCAGAUAUAUCCAAGUUGGAGUUAAAACAGAGUAGCUCGCAACAAAGUAAUAAUAUCCCAAGAAGUGGGUCGGGAUCUGGGUCAAGGCCUGCUGGCGACUUAUCUCUCCAUGGCAGUCUUCAACAUUCAAGUCGGAUGCCAGAUGUUUUCGCUGAGUGGAGCUUCUAUAUCAUCAGAUGGCAAGUCCCGUCGUCCCCGAUAAAACGACAUUUCGCACUCUAUGCUAAUGGAGGUGCACUAGCUCCAUCAUACUUUUCUUCCUAUUUCGGCAAACAGCUGCAAGAAGCGCGCGGUCAGAAUGAACCCAUAAGAGCCCUACAUAUUGACAGAGACCCCGAAAUAUUUCGAGAUAUUGUCAGGCACCUCCAAGGAUAUUAUGUUCCGAUACGUAGUCCGGAGCAUUUCGCGUACCUGUUCGCUGAUGCUCAGCUAUUCCAACUUCCCAAGCUUAUAUCUCGCUUGUUCGAGUCCGAGAUAUUUAUGGCAAUUGGAUCUAGAUCUUUCCAGAUCCCAAGGGACCUUUUCUCUGCCCCCGGAGACUCACCAAAUUAUUUCACUCUAGGGUUCGCCGUCUUCUUCUCAUCCCCAGAUGAAGUAUUUCCUGGUUUGAAGCGAGAAGGACUGCUCCGUCCACCUUCGAUAACACCGCCCGAAGUCCCCAAUAGAUCUGGAGAUGUCUUUUCGGAACUCCUACAUCUACUUAGAGGGUAUCCCGUGGAGAUCAGAAAUGAUACACACAGGGCCGCGUUACUGCGAGAUUGCAGAUACUAUCACCUCCGUGGGCUAGAGCAGAAGCUGAUUGCCCAUACCAUUUCUUACAAUUCUACUCGCGAGAGGGAAGAAAUUACCAUAAGAAUUGAGGAUAUUAAACCAUCAGGGCUAAACUUUGCAUUGGACAGCUCUGAUAAAAUGCUGGGGUUUGUGACAUACGCACGUCCGUUCAACGAUGACACUGGUCGAGAACUAGUUCUCGAAAUUGGUAAUGAGCAUGUCAUUGUGAGCUCAAUGACUAUGUCUGCCACGUUUAGGGAGGAUACCAAGAAGAGGGUUGCAGCGAUUGCUAAAUUGAUAUUUGGCAAGAUCUCGUCCGCUUCAACGGCAGCUACGAGGCGAGCUAUACCGGCUCUUCUAGGCCAGCCGUACACACCGGCAGCUGAUCUUGCUAUGCGUGUUAUAGUGGAUGAAGAUACCGACGUUUUGCUUGAUGGGAGAGCGUGGGGCUGCCCGUUACCUGAGAAUACGCAUCUUGAAUUUGAGAACCCUAUGCAAGGUCCACUUGCAAGACCUCUGAAAAGACGAAGAAUGAGUCUUGAAGCUGCGGGAACCGCAGACACCUGGACGGUUAAAAAGGGUCUCUGGAAACUGCAGAUACUAGAAUUCCCCGACAACAAAGUGGAACUGAUGUUAAAAGCCAUUAAGCUCGAUGCUAUAUCUGGCGAAACGGGGAGAAAUAUGACGAGGAGUUUCUUGCCGUCAUCCGGCUAG